AUGUCCCGUCCUGCAGAGCUCCUGCCUCCCAACCGCCAACUCCUGUUCCCCCGCUUCGAGACGUACCGCCUCCACUCGAUAGACCCAGACACCGACCUGCAGGCGUUCAAGCUCCCAGGCGACGGCGCAACACAGAGCCGUGUCGGGUACGGCGAGCAGCAGCUGGGCUUCAAGGAGGUCCGCGCCCGCAUCGCAUGGGACCAUCUCGACACUGCCGGUAGCCGCGGCGCGUAUGUUGACAAGGACUGGAACGUGGUUGCCUUUGAGCUUGAUGACACCCUGACUCCACACUUUGCCCAAGUCGCGUCCCUCCCUACCCCCAUCUCGUCUGGGCACGCCGAGUACCCUCGAGUGCUGCCACUGUCGCAAACGGCAUGGGCUGUGUCAACCGGUUCGGGGUCACUGUAUGUCCUCCGCGUCUCAGAGCCGGGAUCCGAGCUCGCGGGCGAGUUUAUUGCUCGGUACGACCUCGUUCUCGAAGGCGGACAAACGCCCUUCAUCCUGUACGCGGCCCACCACGAAGGUGGUGAUGCCUUCCGCCUUCUCCUUGCCCGUGCGGUAGUGGAGCCCAUGAGUGACUCGAGCAAGUACACACCCCGUGUGGCCAACUUUGAGCUGGUCGAGGUCGGCAUUGACGUCUCGCACACGAACGGCGUCGACGACUCGCCCGAGCUGCUGCAGCCCCUGUGGGCGCUCACCGGUGGCGACCUCCCGUACUGGGCUUCGUGGACUGAAGGCGGCUGGAUUGUGCUCUGCGAAGAGCCUUUUGGAGAGAAGCAGCAGGAGGAAGAGAAGAAGCCCGAGACGGCGGCCCAACGCGCCCAGCGACUGCGCGAGGCCAAGUUGGCCAAGCUCGGCCUCGGUGCCAACAUUGCGAGCAGGGAUCCGUUCGAGCAGGAUGAUGGUUAUGGGGAAGCAGCCGACCAAGAAGCGGAUGAGGAGGCCAUGGACGUGGAUACGCCCAAGGAGUACCCCUUCCGCUGGACGCAAGACACGACUUCGGUGACCAUCACUGUCCCACUCCCUGCCGGCACGACUAGCAAGGACAUCAACGUCAAGAUCACUCCCGACAUGCUCGGUAUCUCUAUCCAGUCCGACUCGCUUACCCCUGCUCUCUCGUCGUUUGUGUCCAAGCCCGCUCACUCGUUUUGGAAUGGUAUCGUGGUCGACGAAUCGACGUGGACAUUCGACGCAACCAAGGCCGAGCUCGACAUUGAGCUGCAGAAACAAGGCGAGGACGGCAUGCGCUGGCCGAGCGUCUUCGUCCCCGGUUCGGACGAUGAGGACGACGCCGAGGAUGUGCCAGAGACGUUUGCCGCCUCGACUCUUGAUGCGAUCCGCAAGAGCUUUUCGUCAGUGCAGACGCGCACCUCGGAGGAACCACACGGCAACCAACCGGCAAUCCCGGCUCUGCUCCGGGAAGAGAUGGACUUUGACCUGGACGACGGUGCAGACUAUGGCGAGGGGGAGGAUGGGGCUUUUGCUCACCCAAGUGGUGCCAGUACUGUGGGCCGUACGGUCUUGUUCGGCCACAUUGUGCCCAACGCCGAGGGCGGCGUGCCCACUGUGUCGUGGCCUCGCCAGCCAGCCCAGGUCCUCUCUCUCCCAGUCACCAGCCAAGGGCCAGAGCUGCCAUCUGCCGCGGGUGUGAUCGUCAAAACGGCAGUUGACGGUCUCGUCUUUGCGCCGUCGACUGACCCCGCACGCGCGCCAUGGGUGCACCUGGGCACCAACCCAGCCCUCGCGUUUGUCAUGUCGUCGAAGCGUGACUUGCGGCUCGUACGCCAUGUCACACGACCAAGCCGCACUGCCGGCGGUUCAGAUUCGACCACCAGCCAAGAUCGCCAAGCCACGGGGGACACGGCGACUACAGUUUUUGCACUCGAGUCUGGUACGGGCGUGGGCAACGGCAAUGCGUACAUCUACUACCCGCCACCAAGUGGUGGAGACGGCACAGCGGCGUUGCAGGGCGUGGUGAGCGUCAGCGGCGGCGACCGCGGCGCACUGCUUGGCGUGGGCAGCGUGCGGGUGCCCGGUAGAGACAAAGACGUGGUGGUGGCUCUGUGUGAGCACGCGCUCGUGGUUCUGGGCGGAGUGCUCUAG